CUCUCCACUCCCUUCUGCCCCCCUUCCUGCCUGGAAGGAGACGCCUCUUUGACGGAGCUGGAAAGGAGGAACGAAAACCGCUUCCUGGAGCGCCAGAGCAUCGUGCCACUGCGCCUCAUCUACCGCUCGGGAGGCGAAGACGAAACUCAGCAUGACGAGCUCAACACUCGGGUGCGGGGCGACCUCGGCGGCCGGCAGUUGACUCAUGUUGACCAGGCAAGCUUCCAGGUUGAUGCCUUUGGAACGUCAUUCAUUCUUGAUGUCACGUUAAACCAUGAUUUGUUAUCCUCGGAUUACAUAGAGAGGCACAUCGAACAUGGAGGCAAGACUGUGCAAAGCAAAGGAGGAGAGCACUGUUACUACCAGGGCCAGAUCCGAGGAAAUCCUGUCUCAUUUGUUGCAUUGUCAACAUGUCAUGGACUUCAUGGAAUGUUCUAUGAUGGGAACCACACAUAUCUCAUUGAGCCAGAAGAAAAUGAGACGGCCCAGGAGGAUUUCCAUUUUCAUUCGGUUUACAAAUCCAGACUCUUUGAAUUUCCCAUGGAUGAUCUUCCAUCUGAAUUCCAGCAAAUAAACAUCACUCCACCAAAAUUUAUUUUGAAACCAAGACCCAAAAGGAGUAAACGGCAGCUUCGAUAUCCUCGUAAUGUAGAAGAGGAAACCAAAUACAUCGAACUGAUGAUUGUGAAUGAUCACCUCAUGUUUAAAAAGCACCGCCUUUCUGUUGUGCAUACCAACACCUAUGCCAAAUCUGUGGUGAACAUGGCAGAUAUAAUAUAUAAAGACCAACUUAAGACAAGGAUAGUAUUGGUUGCCAUGGAAACCUGGGCGGCUGACAACAAGUUUGCCAUAUCUGAAAAUCCAUUGAUCACCCUACGUGAGUUUAUGAAAUACAGAAGGGAUUUUAUCAAAGAGAAAAGUGAUGCAGUUCACCUUUUUUCGGGAAGUCAAUUUGAGAGUAGCCGGAGCGGGGCUGCUUAUAUUGGUGGGAUUUGCUCGUUGCUGAAAGGAGGAGGCGUGAAUGAAUUUGGGAAAACUGAUUUAAUGGCAGUUACACUUGCCCAAUCAUUAGCCCAUAAUAUUGGUAUUAUCUCAGACAAAAGAAAAUUAGCAAGUGGUGAAUGCAAAUGUGAGGACACAUGGUCCGGAUGCAUAAUGGGAGACACUGGCUAUUAUCUUCCUAAAAAGUUCACCCAGUGUAACAUUGAAGAGUAUCAUGACUUCCUGAACAGUGGGGGUGGCGCCUGCCUGUUCAACAAGCCUUCCAAGCUGCUCGACCCUCCUGAGUGUGGCAAUGGCUUCAUUGAAACUGGAGAAGAGUGUGACUGUGGAACCCCUACAGAAUGUGUCCUUGAAGGAGCAGAGUGUUGUAAGAAAUGCACCUUGACUCAGGACUCUCAAUGCAGUGAUGGUCUCUGUUGUAAAAAGUGCAAGUUUCAGCCUAUGGGGACCGUGUGCCGAGAAGCAGUGAACGAUUGUGAUAUUUCUGAAACAUGCUCAGGAAAUUCAAGCCAGUGUGCCCCUAAUAUUCAUAAAAUGGAUGGAUAUUCAUGUGAUGGUACUCAGGGAAUUUGCUUUGGAGGACGAUGUAAAACCAGGGAUAGACAAUGCAAAUAUAUCUGGGGACAAAAGGUGACAGCAUCAGACAAAUACUGCUAUGAGAAACUGAACAUCGAGGGGACUGAGAAGGGAAACUGUGGGAAAGACAAAGACACAUGGAUACAGUGCAACAAAAGGGAUGUGCUUUGUGGUUACCUUUUGUGUACCAACAUUGGUAAUAUCCCAAGGCUUGGAGAACUCGAUGGUGAAAUCACAUCCACUUUGGUUGUGCAACAGGGAAGAACAUUAAACUGCAGUGGUGGGCAUGUUAAGCUCGAAGAAGAUGUAGAUCUUGGCUAUGUGGAGGAUGGGACACCCUGUGGUCCUCAAAUGAUGUGCUUGGAACACAGGUGUCUUCCUGUGGCUUCCUUCAACUUUAGUACUUGCUUAAGUGGUAAAGAAGGCACUGUUUGUUCAGGAAAUGGAGUUUGCAGUAACGACCUGAAGUGUGUCUGUGAUACGCUGUGGACAGGUGCAGACUGCAGCACUUUGUUACUUCACAAUGAAGGUCCAAAGACUAGCAACGGUGUUGCUGGCAUCAAUAUCAUAAUAGGCAUAAUUGCCGGCACCAUUUUAAUGCUGGCCCUCAUAUUAGGAAUAACUGCCUGGGGUUAUAAAAACUAUCGAGAACAGAGACAGUUACCCCAGGGAGAUUAUGUAAAAAAGCCUGGAGAUGGCGACUCUUUUUAUAGCGACAUUCCUCCUGGAGUCAGCACAAACUCAGCAUCUAGUUCUAAGAAGAGGUCUGCUUUUCUGUCGCAUUUUCAGAUUUCUACCUGUUCCAUCACACAUUAUUCCAUUAGUCAGAACAUUUCAUUAUUUUGCAGCAGGUCAAAUGGGCUCUCUCAUUCUUGGAGUGAAAGGAUUCCAGACACAAAACAUAUUUCAGAUAUCUGUGAAAAUGGGCGACCUCGAAGUAACUCUUGGCAAGGUAAUGUGGGUGACAACAGAAAGAAAAUCAGAGGCAAAAGAUUUAGACCUCGAUCUAAUUCAACUGAGCAUCUCCGCAACUGUGCCCAUACCAAUAUUCACUGCUAGUGGGGGGCUCGCCCUCACUGUGAGCCUUUCCCUCCAGUCACCUGCCAUGUGGUGUCUUGGUUCCCUUUGAAGGGAAUUUUGAUAACAUUCCUUUCUUCUCAUCACCUGGGGUCCAGCCAUUUCAGAGGGUCACCCUUCCUCUCCCCAGUACUCACACAGCCCUGGAAGCAUCAGGGGAAAACUCCCACCAACCUAGACCAUGAUGGUGCUCAGGUCUGAAACCACCGCUCCGAGGUCGUCAUGGCUGCAAUCUAAGCAUUCUCUCAGACUAAUGGAAUCAGUUUCCCUUUUAAAUUUUCCUUCUGAGGACAUUUAAAAGGGCAUUUACCUAAACUUGCACUUUAACUGAAUCAUUGUCACUAAAUGCAACAUUAUUCAUUUUAAAUGAUAGCCACGAUUUUUUUUUUUUAGUGCAGGUGGGGUUGGAAAUAUAUUUAUUUGAAUCUUUUAUAAUGAAGUCAACACCAUGCACUUUUUUCUUUGUUUUUCUUUUUCCACUUAAGAAAUUACAAUCAAAACAAAGCUUCCUUAAACCUUUAUCUCCCUUCAUGGAAUGAGAUGCACUUUUAGUAAUCUUUUGGACCCACCUUGCUACUUGGUUUUAAUUACUUGUGCUUUUUAAAGCCACCCAAGUUUUUCCACUAAUUUUUCACUGUAGUGGUAGUUAUUAUCCCCAGGAUCUCUACUGCUUCUUCAUGCCUUAAUAUUUUAAAAGUCUGAAUAGCAGGUGUUUGUUAACUGCUCAUCAGAAACUUAUGUUAGCUUUUUCCAUCGUAUACCCUAGCUUUUUCAGUCCAGGAAUAAUAACAUUGCCCUGAAAUUUGGACCUUCCACCUGAAUUAUAUUGUCUUGUAAGUGACUUAUCCAAGUUUACUGGAGGAUCCUUAACCUUAGAAGCAAUAGACAAUUUCAGAUGAUACCAUUGCAUGGUCCAGAAUGGCAUCAUAGAACUCCAUCAUAAGUAACUAAUCUGUUAGAGUUUAUCUUAUGCAUUCCCAAAGCGCUUGGAUGCUUUAGGGCUCAUUGUGGAUAAACUCUUCUUGGAAUGUUAUUUGAUUUGUUUUGCAUGAGGUCACCUGGUAAGAGCUCCUUAGCUUCUCAGUUGCUUAUAAGAGUACAGAUAAAACUGUAAAAUGUUCUAUAGAACUUCCUCUGUAUAUUACUUAGUGUCUUAAUAAUAUUUCCUAUAACAAGGUUUCAACAACUCCCUAGUGGGGACAAAAAAAGUUCCAUAGUAUGUUAAAGCUAUGAGUGUAGCACCCAAAGAACAUUUGGUGUUUAACAAUGUUUAUACAGUAUUUCCUAGAGCAGUCAUUUAUUUUUUAAAAUUUGGGGCAAAAUUUGCACCCACAACAUGAGAUAAAAACUAUAAUACUAUUGAUAGUAUUUUUGAGAAAUCUUGAUACAAGAUAAGUCAGUUAUAAUAUUGAAUAAAAUGUCAUAAUAGAACCAUAGUUAGGGAGAAAUAUUAAGGAUUCCUUCAGAUUUUUUCAGCAUUUUCUGCUGUGGUUUCAUGACUGAUGCUAGUUAAAUGGAGCCAAGUUUGUAAUGCUGAUCACUAUUCUCAUAUAUCUUCUUGUAUGGAAAUUCUCUCUCUCUAUAUAUAUAUACACACACAUUUAUAUACUUCUUUAGAAAUAAGGGUUCCUGGGCUGGGGAUAUAGCUCAGUGGUAGAGUGCUUAUUUAGCAUGUAUAAGGACCUGGGUUUGAUCCCUAACAUCAUAAAAAGAUAAAAAGGAAUCUUGAUACAUAGCCUCUCAAGAGUAAACCUGGCAAACUUUUUAUGUGUUCCAUAUACAACUAAUCCCAUUUGCUUCAGAUAUAGUAAUGCCAUUUGUGUGACCAUAAGUGCAGGAGAAUGACCACAGGAAAACAUCUUUUGUUUUAUUAUUUUUUUUUUACAUCAGCGGUAUUUUAGGUCCAUUAUUUCAACAUUCCCUUAAGUACCUUAUCAUCCCAAAAGAUGAUGAAAAAUUGGGACAGAAAUUAGAACAUGCAUCACAAAUACAUGCUGUGCUCAUUAACAAAAUAAAAUAUCCUCAUUUGUUA